AUGAUCCCAAAAAUGAACCAGUUUGAUGUGGCAGUGGUGGGACUGGGAGCUCUGGGAAGUGCUGCCACAUUUCACGCAUCUCUUAAGGGCGUCAAAGUGAUCGGAAUUGAGCAGUACGAGUUGGGCCAUGUGCGCGGUGCCUCGCAUGACACUUCGCGCAUUGUUAGAACCUCAUACGGAGAACAUGAGUACGUUGCGCUUGCAAAGUCCGCAUACAAGGACUGGGCGCACUUGGAAGAAAAAUGCGGCCAGAGGCUGCUAACGCAAACUGGUGGCAUCGUCUUCUUCCCUGAAAAUGGACCUAUGAGCGCCAGAGACUUUGCGAACAGUCUCACGGCAAAUGAUAUUCCACACGAACUUCUUAGCGCCCAGGAGGUCAACAAACGAUGGCCUCAAUUCAACAUCCCCUCAUCGGUUACGACAGUCUACACGGCUGACACAGGCAUUGUACAUGCUGCUCGGUCAACAAUGGCUAUGCAAAGCCAAGCUCGUGCCAAUGGUGCCAUUCUGAAGGAAAAUACCCAAGUCUUCCAGGUGGUGCCUUCAGUCGGCAGCAGAGGUGUAGUGAUCGAAACCUCGAACGGUCCGUUCUUUGCGACAAAAGUCAUUAUUGCAGCCGACGCAUGGCUCAAUAAAUUACUUGCCCCCCUCGACGCAGUGAUUCCCCUCUCCAUCAUGCAGGAGCAAGUGUCGUACUACAAGCCGACUGAUAUGGCUUCCUUCGAACAAGGUCACUUCCCAGUUUGGAUUUGGGAGGAUGAACCUUGCUACUACGGAUUCCCUACAUACGGUGAACCUACAAUCAAAGCGGCCCGCGAUGUGGCAAACAACUUCAUGACACCUGAGCAACGAACUUUUGUCCACUCGCCACAACUACUAAAAGAGCUUACUGAGUUUAUGGCCCAUCUCGUGCCCGGCAAGGGUCAAGUCCUUCGCACGGUGACAUGUCAAUACGCCAUAACGCCAUCACGCCAAUUGGUUAUCAGUUCGUUGGAAAGAUAUGAUAACAUUUUUGUGGGUCUGGGAUGUGGUCAGGGUUUCAAAUUUGCUCCUGCCAUUGGUCGUAUCCUCGCUGAGCUGGCCAUCGAUGGCAAGACGGAUGACAAUAUUUCAAAGUUUGGUAUUCCAAAGCUGGAAAGGACCACCAGCAAGAUUUGA